AUGGCUGUAAAAACAGAUGUAAGCAAGGCUUACGACACAGUGGAGUGGAAUUUCUUUGAAACAACACUAAAACUGUUUGGUUUCUGUGACAAAUGGGUUGGAUGGAUCAUGGCAACGAAUCAGUCUCGCUCAUGGAAUUCAUCAAAAAUCACAUCAAUGAUCACUGAUGGUGAUGGUGAGCUCCUUAAUAAACUUCAUCUCUCUAUUGUGGAAACAGAGGAUAAACUUAUAUGGAACUACUCUCUCUCUGGCGAAUAUACAGUCAAGUCUGGAUACUGGUUUUUAAGACAUGAUCCUCAUGCAGUUGAUGUGAAUCGGUUAGAUAUCCAUGGAUCAAAAGAUCUUAAACAACAAAUAUGGAGACUUCGAUUAAUGACAAAAAUUAAGCACUUUCUCUGGCGUGUAGUCUCUCGUGCGCUUCCAACCACUACACGUUUAAGAUCAAGAGGGAUGACAAUAGAAGCCAUUUGCCCCAGAUGUAGACAAGAGGAUGAAACUAUACUCCAUGCUCUCUUCACAUGCCCUUUUGCAAAAAAGGCUAGGAAUAACUCUAUCUUUAAUGAUUAUCGAGAAGGGGCUUCUAAAACGGUUUUACUAUCAAUCGCUGAAACAAAGGAGUGGAUAAACAUCUCAACAGUCUCAGUCCAUCGUGAUAGCAGACAUUCUCCUGUUAUAAAUUCAUCUCCAUGGAUACCUCCCAUUUUCCCAAUAAAGAAAUGCAAUUUUGAUGCAGGUUUCGACAUUGUAAAUCAUACAGUCACAGGUGGUUGGAUAGUUAGAGAUCAUCACGGUAAGGAACUCAUUUGGGGUGCAACGAAACUAACUGAUGCAGAAAAAUCACUGGAGGCUGAAGCAAAGGCUUUAAUAUUGGCUCUAGAACAAACAUGGCAACAAGGAUAUGGUGCAGUCAUCUUUGAAGGCGACAAUGAAUCUUUGUGCAAGCUGAUUAAUGGAUCUUACAAUAAUGCAUCUCUAUCAAACCUUCUGCAGGAUAUAAUAGAUCAUAAGCACUAUGUUGAGCCUGUAAUGGUUCCAGAAUGGCUUGUCCUUCCUCUUUGUAAUGACAUUUCCUAA